AUGAAGUACAAGGACUUGUUGGAGGAGCUAAACAGCUUAUUAGAAAAAGAUAAAUGGGGAGAACUAUCUGACCAAGCAUAUGAACAUGUAAGUUAUGGUAAAGACAUUUUGGAUUUUGCGUGGAAAGCAAUCAACAAUGCAACAGAUAGAUUUAAGCCUCCGGAGACUGCUCCUUCUCUAAGUUCAAGGAGUACUCGGCGUAGUGUACUGUCCCGGGCAAGCUCAUCAUCAUCGGCCAGUGCAAGGAGAAGAGCUAUGGCAGAAGCAGCGGCCGCAAAGAAAAUGGCAGAGUUCGAUCGGAUUAUGGCAGAAAGAGAAAACGAGAGAAAAUUAUUCGAAACCGAAGAAGAACUUCGCCUCAAACAAAGGCGCGCCCAACAUGAUAUAGAGAUGGCUAUCCUAGCCGUAGAGAAGGCUGAAGCUAUUGCAAACGCUAAGCUUCAUGCUAUAGAACAGUCGAUUAUGAAAGAAGAACUACCUUACCUGUUAACCAAGCAAAGAGACCUCGAAGUAGAAGACACAGAAUCCCGAACUAAAGUAUGGGUCGACACCCACAGCGACCCCAAACACAAACCCAAUUUGGCAGACCCAAACGUCGACACCCUCCACCAUAAACCUGAAACAACCGAGAAUACAACCGAAUUACCACCAGUAACAAACCAAAUUGCUGAGGGAAUACAAGUGGCGAAUGUUAAUGAACAUAUUAAUGACAAUAGAUCAAAGA